AUGGAAGCGGGCGCUGCGAGGGGGGCUGUUGAGUUCCGUGAGGAUAUUAGAAGGGUAAUGUUGGCCGUUGAUGAGCAUGAAGGAAGUUUCUAUGCAUUAGAGUGGACUCUGAAGAAUCUGCACGACUCAAUCAUCAAAUUCCAACCUGCUCGAGAGGUGAGGAGAGAAGUUCAAGAGGAUCAAAAGAAGACUGCUGCUUCCUUGUUGGAGAAUGCCCGGGAGAUUUGCAUCAGGCAUGGGAUAACUCCAGAAGCAAUUACAGACGUUGGAGAUCCAAAAGAUGCAAUACGAGAGGAGGCAGUGGAACGGCUAAAUAUUCAACUGCUUAUGGUAGGCAGCCAUGGUAGAGGUGCUCUGAAGAGGGCUUUUCUUGGGAGUGUUAGCAAUUACUGCGUUCACAAUAUGAAAUGCCCGGUUCUUGUGGUGGAGAAACCUUGA